AAAAUUCUAACUUUCGAAACCGCUCGAGCCCCUGUGCAUGUGUAUUUAUUUGGAACUCGGAACACACCUUGCAUCACCUUAUAAGUAUUAUCCAGGAACUAAUAAUCAGAUAUUGACGCUUCUGAGUGUGGUCUCUAGAAAAAAUGAGCAUAUUUGGGUCAAAUAAUUCAUUUGGCAGCACAGCCUCAACAAACGCAAAUGCAAUGAAAGACAUUGAGGUUGCGUCUCCUCCAGAUGACAGUGUCAGUUGUCUUAAGUUCAGCCCUGGGACAAUGGCCCAGACCUUCCUUGUAGCAGGCAGCUGGGAUAACAAUAUUCGAUGUUGGGAGGUCCAGCAGACCGGCCAGACAGUGCCUAAAGCCCAGCAGACUCACCAAGGCCCUAUCCUGGCCUGUGACUGGAGCGAUGAUGGUACUAAAGUUUUCACAGCCUCCUGUGACAAGACUGCGAAAAUGUGGGAUUUGAAUAGUAACCAGGCCAUACAGAUUGCACAGCACGACGCCCCAAUCAAGACUAUCCACCACAUUAAGGCACCCAACUACAGCUGUGUCAUGACAGGCAGCUGGGACAAGACUCUCAAGUUUUGGGACACCCGACAGGCGGCUCCCAUUGACUCCAUACAGCUCCCAGAGAGAUGCUACUGUGCUGAUGUGAAAUACCCCAUGGCUGUGGUCGGAACUGCAGAGAGGGGGUUAAUUGUUUACCAGUUGGAGAACAGACCACAGGAAUUCAGCCGGAUUGAAUCACCUCUGAAAUUCCAGCAUCGAUGUUUAAGUAUUUUUGCGGACAAGAAAACAAAUGCUCCAACAGGUUUUGCCCUCGGAAGUAUUGAGGGAAGAGUAGCAAUCCACUACAUCAACCCAACCAGUCCUAAAGAUAACUUCACCUUCAAAUGUCACCGGUCGAACGGCACCACCCAGGGCAUGCAGGACAUAUACACUGUAAACGACAUUGGGUUCCAUCCUACCCAUGGCACACUCGCAACAGUUGGCUCCGAUUGUCGAUUUAGUUUCUGGGACAAAGACGCACGCACAAAGCUGAAGACCUCCGAGCAGUUUGAUCAGCCAUUAACUGCCUGUGACUUCAACGCACAGGGGAACGUGUUUGCCUAUGCAACAAGUUACGACUGGUCCAAGGGCCACGAGGGAUUUGACCCCCAGAAGAAACCUCAUAUCUUUUUGCGGCCUGGAUUUGAUGACCUUAAGCCCAGCAUGAAGAAGUCAUAACGACAUUUGUGUACAAAAUGAACAACAGGUUUUAAAAACUUUGGGCGUCUGCUUUCAUGAAGACUUCGUUUUGAAAUUUACAAAGUGUCAUUGUGCGAAAAUUUAGAUUUUUUGUCUAAUUGUGUAUAACUUGUAAUCUGUAUAUCAUAUGCAUUUAAGAUUUCCUUGACCACUGUUUCAUGUAAAUACACGUGUCAGUCAAUCUGAAUUCUUUGAUAUAUUUACAGUUAAUGUAUACAACAGUUUUCUAUGUUUUCAUUACAGAAAUAGACUCAUGCAAUAGCUGUGAAAAAUAAUUUGAAAUAAUUUGUAGCACAUAUAUUAUAUGUUAUUUGACAUGUUUGUACAAUAGAAUUCAUUACCAUCUUAAUAUUAUCUUGUACAUUCUGCUAAUUAAUGCUUUGUGAUGCAUUUAGGACAGAUUUAAGUUUCUUAGUCCUGUUUCCAAUUAUCAGGAAAUAUUAUUUUCCAGACUUUCAUAUUGAAGAACUUUUGACCCAUAAAUUUCGGAAAUUUAGACCAUUUUGACCAUAUGUCCAUGAACUUGUAUAAAUUGAUUUUAAGGGACAGUCACUUGUAAACC